AUGGAUUUGAUUAUUUUUCAUUCUCCGAUAAUAUGCGAACUGAAUUCAUCGAGUAUCGCUUAUACAUGGGCAGAUGAAGAUGAACUACGUUACUUAAACUCUGAAAACAAUGAAAAUCAAGUUUCAGGAAGAAAUAGUUGUACCAAUUUAGUUGAAGCGUUUUACCCUUUGUACUUAGGCGACUCUAUCGAAUUUACCCCGCGACGACAUUCAGGAUCGAUGACACGUCUGGUUGAAAAUAUAAAUGAUUCGCGCUGGAGAUAUACUGAUCUGAACAAUGAUGGACGGUAUAAUUUUGUCAUUGCCAAUCAAAGAACAGAUAGUAUAAAUGUGUUUCUUGGAUUUGAUUAUACCAAGUUUCAAAAUCAAGAGACUUAUUCAGUUGAAAAUAUCACAGGACCGUAUGAUGUUGUUGUUCAUGAUUUCAAUCAGGAGGAUUGUGUUGAUAUUGCGGUAGUUUUUUCGAAAACCGACAAUUUAGUUAUCCUUCUCGGGAAAGGUGAUGACAGUUUUGUUGUCUCCAUGUCUUAUCACACUGGAGAGAACACAGUGCCAUCUAUGAUUACUGUGAAUGAUGGCAACAAUGAUCGGCAAAAACAUAUCAUUGUUGUGAAUUGUGGAACCAAUACUAUUAGUGUUUUUCUCAGCCAUGGCAAUGGAAUAUUUGAUCCUAUGAUAUUAUCUUCAACUGGAGCAGAUUCGGUCCCUUAUUUUGAAGCCAUCGCUGACGUUGACAAUGAUGGUAUAAUAGAUGCUGUUUCAACGAAUUCCGGAUCCAACACCACAGGAAUUCUUCUUGGACAUAACAACGGAAGUUUGACUCUUCUGACUACAUAUCCAACUGGAGAUUCUUCUGCUCCAACUGCAGUAGUCGUUAAUGAUUUAAACAAUGACGGUUUUCUCGAUUUUUUCGUGUGUAAUUUUGACACGAGUAACAUAGGUAUUUUUCUCGGCAAUGGAAAUGCAAGUUUCUCAACUCAAGUAACUUACUCCACCUGUUAUCGGGGUUGUCCAAUUUGGAUUGCCAUCAACGAUUUUAAUAACGAUAGCAAAUCGGACAUUGCCGUAUCGAUAUUCAAUAAUGACUAUAUGAGCGUUUUUCUGGGCUACGGGAAUGGUAGUGUGGGCAAUGCUGUUCAAUAUUCAGCUGGUGAUGGAACAUUUCUGUUCGUUGCUGCUGGCGACUUCAACAACGACAAACCGAAUGGCCGUGAGGCUUUUGGAGGCAUGAACAAAUACAAGACUGGUGGCGGAUCAGAUCCUCAUUCGAUUGCGAUCAGCGAUCUCAACAACAAUGGUUGGAUGGAUGGUGUCGUCGCUAAUUAUAGAACAGAUAGCCUUGGUAUUCUAUACGGAUCUCGCAAUGGAAUACUCAAUAAUAUGGUAACAUAUUCAACGGGCAUCAAUGCAGGACCAUAUUCACUAGGUGUAUCUGACUUCAACAAUCAUAGCCGACCAGAUAUUACUGUCACAAAUUCACUAGCUAAUACCAUCGCAAUCUUUCUUGCUGAUCAAAAUGGUACUUUUGUUCUCACAUCGACCUAUUCAGCUGGAGAUCGUUCUAUUCCAUACACAGUUGCUGUCACUGAUCUAAACAAUGAUCACAAAUCGGACAUCAUUGUUACUAACUCUGGUACAAGUAAUAUUCUAGUUUUGUAUGGUAAUGGUAAUGACACAUUUACAAAUGAAACACCAUAUCCACUAGGAUAUGGAUAUCUUCCUUAUUCACUAGCUGUCAAUGACUUGAAUCAAGAUGGAUGGAUGGAUGGAUAUGGUGAUUGCAUGUUAUGA